CCCCGCCCGGGGACAGACCGGGUAGCGGCGGGCCGGGGGCGCCGUUAGCUGCCGGGCUCGCCCCGCGGCGGCCGCCCGCUCUGCUGGGCCAUGCGGUAGCGGGCUGCGGCGGGCCCGGGCUCAUGGCAGCCAUGGAGCAGCUCCUGGGCGGCCCGCGGCCCCGGCUGGUCAGCUCGCUGGGGCUAGGGCAGCGCUCCUGGGAGGUCACCUUAGACGAGGAGCGGGGGCGCCUGGCCUGGCGCGACCCCCGCCCGGCGCGGCGCGGUGGCGAAAACUGUUUUGUAUCAACCUCUGAGAUCAUUGCUGUAGAAGAAACUGAACUUGACAAGAAACAGCGUAAUAUUGGGAAAUGGCAAAAAAUGUCAAAGCCACAUGCUUUCACAGUGUAUUAUGUGAAAAAAGCUCGAAAUCACCGCUGGCGGUGCAGUGAUGUGACAUUUUGGUGUGUUGAUGAGCACUUGUGUAAUCAGUGGAUUCAGGCGCUGAAAGAAUUACUUGAAAUGCAGAAGUCUAGACCAAAGCAGUUACUUGUGUAUAUUAAUCCAUAUGGAGGAAAACGGCAAGGGAAGAGGAUUUAUGAACAGAAAGUUGCCCCACUCUUCAGCCUGGCUGCUAUCUCCACUGAUGUUGUUAUAACCGAACAUGCCAACCAUGCUAAGGACAAUUUAUUUGAAGUUAAUAUUAAUAAAUAUGAUGGUGUUGUUUGUGUUGGUGGGGACGGCAUGUUCAGUGAAGUGAUGCAUGGUCUCAUUGGAAGAAUGCAGAAGGACUCUGGCAUAGACCAAAAUAAUCCCAAAGCACCGUUAGUCCAGUGCAAUAUAAGGAUUGGCAUAAUUCCUGCUGGAUCAACAGAUUGCAUAUGCUAUUCAACUGUUGGCAUUUCUGAUCCAGUAACAUCAGCUCUUCAUAUUAUUUUAGGUGAUUGUCAGCCUCUGGAUGUCUCUUCUGUACACCAUAACAACACGUUUUUGAAGUACUCUGUGUCAUUGCUGGGCUAUGGUUUUUAUGGUGAUAUAUUAAAAGAUAGUGAAAAGAAGCGGUGGAUGGGUCCAAUGAGAUAUGAUUACUCAGGUUUCAAGACUUUUCUUUCUCAUCAUUACUAUGAAGGAACAGUUUGUUUUCAACCAGCAAAGCACACUCUUGGAUCUCCACGAGAUAAAGAUAGCUGCAGAGCAGGAUGUUACAUUUGCAAGAAAAGUCAGCAACAGCUAGCAGAACAGCACAAGGAAUAUGGAUUAAAACAUGAAGAUGAUGAAGAAGAAUGGAAGGUUAUUAAGGGGAAAUUUUUAGCUAUUAAUGCAGUAAAUAUGAGCUGUGCCUGUCCACGGAGUCCUAAAGGUCUGUCACCUGCAGCUCAUUUGGCAGAUGGUUCAGCUGACCUCAUUCUAGUUCGUAAAUGCUCCAGAUUUGAUUUUUUACGGUACCUUGUCAGACACACAAACCAGGAUGAUCAGUUUGACUUCUCAUUUGUAGAUGUUUAUCGGGUGAAGAGAUUUCAGUUUACAUCAAAGUUUUCAGAAGACAAUGAAAGUAAUGUCACAGACAUAGGAAAGAAACGUUUUGGCCAGUUCUGCAGAGAUCAUCCAGCUUGUUGCUGUAAUAUUGCUAAUAGCACCUGGAACUGUGAUGGAGAAACUCUGGACAGUUCAGCAAUUGAAGUGAGAGUUCACUGCCAGUUAAUGAAACUAUUUGCAAGGGGAAUCGAGGAAAACUGUAAAGAUGAAGCUGCCUACAGCCAGCGUAGCAUUGAACUAUUACUAUAGACAUUGCUCCUCAAAUGGGGAGAAGAAAAAAAUAAAAGCUCAAGGAAAUUGAGUAAAUAUGCAUUUUAGUCAAAUUGACAAGUUUUAGAAAACAUUAUUUUGGUGGUUUUGUUCAGGUUUUUUGUUUGGUUGGUUUUUUUGGGGUUGUUUUGUUUUUGUUUUUGUUUUUUUUUAUGACCAGUAUAAUUUUAGACAUGUUAUUGCAUUGUGCAUUGUGUCAUUUUAAAAAUAUAUUGUAGUCAUUAAAAUAUAUCUUGGAGCAAUGUAAUCUAAAUUAUGUUUGAAAAGAGAGGGUUGACAUAUAUAUGUGUUAAUGAAGACUGAUAAUUUCUCUGUGCUUUUCUAGAGAAAAAUUUCUAAUUUAGCAGUUGUGCUGCAAUAAUAUCUAAAUGUUAUAAAACAUUGGACUUUCCAUUGUCAUAAACCCAAGAUAUCAAGACAAGGUAUUUUCAAUGUCAGAGAAUGUUUUCUGCUGGGAGUGUUAUGUAGUUGCAUGUGGCUUAAAUGCUGGACAACAGUGUUGUCACUUGCAUCUUUUUUUUAUAAAAAUCUUUCAUUUUGUAAUUCUGACUAUACCUUGCAACUUAUCAAUGCAAUUCAAACACACAUUCCCGGCUUUAAGUAGUAACACUAAGAGUUUAGAAAACUUUGAAAAAUGAAAGCACAUCUGUAUACAAAUCAUAUCUUACCCUAUGUAUUGUAUUUAUAAAGGCUUUCUUGCAUGAUGCUUUUUGGCAUUAUAAAGCAUUUUAUGACUGGAUGAUACCAAAUAUCAUACACUGUAAUGGAAAUGUCUUGCAAGUGACUUGCAAGGACACCUGCAUAAUACCAGGAAGGCCCAGGCAAAGGAAAAUAUAAACAACCUCUGAAACACCAGCCAGUUUUAAUUUAUUUUUUUUUAACAUAUCUGAAAUUAACAUGCGAAAAGCUUCCUUCUUCAGUACACAGUUCUUUGGAGAUUCUAAUACAUAUAUUAAAAUGUCUUUGCAAAAUAAGAUGUUGGAAUUUAAAGUUUAAAAAUACAAUUUGACAAUUGAAAGUUUUUAAGUAAUGUUUCUUUAACUUAAUAUGAAACAAAACAAUUCGAUUUUCUGAAGUCAAGUGAAGAAACUAGCAUCUGAUAAAUCAUGAAUUCAAUGUGCUCUUUUUUUUUUGUAGCAAAAACAUUGGACUAUUAUGUAUAGAGAUGAGGUGAUUAUUUAAGUUGUGUAUGGAUUUGUGUUUUGUGACACACAAAUGUGUGUAUGGGCUUGGGGCUAAAUUUUGCUUUUCUCAGAAAUAUUUAUUCCUAGUUGAGGAUCAGAAGUUAGCCCCUGCCCUCUUCUGUUUUAAGCAUAUAGUUCUUUUCAAAAGUCAUCCAUCUAAGUUUUUUUUUUGUCUAAACAGAUAAUGAUUCUCAUUUAAUGUAUAUUUAUUGGCAUUUCUGUCAUUCAGCUUGUGUUAGUUUUGUGAUUCUCAUGUAUUUGCUCUAUGUAAGCCGUGAUGAUUGGUCAGUUUAUUACUGAAGCACUUGAAAAUUGUUAUAAAUGGCUGAUAUUUUAAUUUGAAAUAUACUUACAUUCCAGUUUUGUGAAAUAUCAGAAUGGUGUGCUAGAUCUUUGCUACAAAGUAUUAUUCACACUGGUCUAUAUGAUAAAGAGCACUUGCAAAUGAUACUUGUUUCAAGUACAGUCAUAAAAAAAUUAGGAUCUGCUUUUUGUUACAUAGUAUUUCAGGGAAAAUACUUGAAUACUUUUCCAAAAGUACUGCUGUUUACUUUCCUUAUUAUCAGUGAGUUGAAAUGUUGAUUGAGCCAAUGUUUUCCAGACACUUGUAAUGUGUUAUGUGUACUUUAUUUUCAAAGCCAUAUCUAAUAACUGAAAUAAUAUUUUUGACCUAAGAAUCUCAUUGAAAAUGAGUUUAUGCAGUUCUUCCACAAAUGCAAGUAUUUUUGAAAGUGUAAUUUGUUUUAAAAGUUAUACAGUUAUUUUGGUCUAUUUAUGAAUAUUGUGAGAGAACCCAGCUUCAAGUUGCUGUAAUUCUCGUGCAGGAUAUGAUGGCACACACCAGCAGAUGAGGGCAUUGAGGAGAAAUUACAGCUCUCCAGAUCACGUCCUCAUCAAUGAGGACAGGAGUAAAUACUAACCAGCUCUUUCCAUUGAGACCCUUACUUGGAAAAGGGAGGCUUAAUCUAGUGAAUGUAUACUCAAAUGCUUUGAGUAUUUUUAAUAGCUGAAACUGAGUGCUUGGUAUUUCCAAAGAAAGCCACAGUGAAGGCUCCCUUUCUGAGAAACAAGCCACUGGAAAAGGAGGAAUGACCAUUCUGUAGUAUGGUAACGAUGCAACAUAAUAAAGUGGAAAGAUCUUAAGUAAUAGAAAAGCUGAAUAGUUGCAUUUGAAUAAUUCUGUUUGUAGCAUAUUAUACUAGCAAUGCACCAUAUGUGAGUUAUAUUACAUGUCCAGUUUAUUUUUAAGAAGAGAGCUGCAUAAGUAAUGUCUGCUUACUUUUUAAUUGUAGUUUUUUUUCUGUGAAUGUAGUCUCAGUAUGGAAAUUAUGUAUAGAAAAAACAAGUUCAAUUUUUCUUUUUUUCCCAAUCUUGCUGGCUUCAAGAUUAGAAAAUGUAUUCAGUUUUAUGACUAGGGCAUUUCAUUGAAAAAAUAAAAUCAUGUCAUACAGCAA